ACCGACCGUCAACAUACACUGUAAGCUUUAUGAUUAGAAAACGCAGUCGUCCUCAGCCGCGAAUACGGGAAGUAUCUCCAGAGGUAGAAGAAAGCCUUGAUACUGAGGGAAAACUUCCCUUGGCAGAAAUUCUCGAACUACGAAAGCUUAAGAAAGCAAGGCGGGGAAUAGAUGCAAGCAAGCUUCACAAAGGCGAUGUAAAGAAGAAGAAAAAGCGUGCUCCAGAAGAAGAGGAUCAAGGUGGGCUAAAGAAAGGCGCCAAAGUCACAGAAGAUGAAGACGAAGAAGAGGACAAGGAUGCAAAGGCGAGGAGGGUAGUCAGAGCAAACAACUUCACACAGCAGACAAACGCGUUGGAUGUUGACAAGCACAUGAUGGCUUACAUCGAGGAAAACCUGAAGAUUCGCAGUAAACCUCAGUCUCCGGAGCCUACUUCGAGAUCUUCUGAUCCACAAGACGAGUUGUAUAAUGUUUCAGAACGGUGGAAGGUGGAAAAGAGAAUGGCAGAGGAAGGUAGUGUUACCAACAGUCUCACAAUGCUCACAGCUAUACCUGAAGUUGACCUUGGGAUGGAUACAAGACUCAAGAAUAUUGAAGAGACCGAGAAAGCAAAACGUAUGGUUGCUGAAGAGCGCAAGGACCGAAAGAAAGCUACUAAUGACGAGGAGCAUUUGGCUGCUGCGCGCUUCUAUCGACCAAAUUUAAAGCAAAAGUCGGAUGCAGACAUUAUGCGAGACGCGAAAUUGGAAGCAAUGGGCUUACCUCCUCAAGACGAAUCACGCAGACAUCAUCAUGACCGUCCUCAGAUGGCAACUGAUGAAGCAGUCAUGGAACGUUUCAAGAAGAGAAUGCGCAAGUGAUAUCUGGUGCAGCAGGUGUAUUAUUUUGUGGUGUAUUAUUAAUUUUCUCGAUAUCAUAGCAAUUUCAUUGUCAAACCUUACGUAUACUUACGGCGUCUUCUCAAGCUCGACUAAGCUAGGACCUUUUCAGUUAUCACGCUAUGAAUGGCCAGAGAUCGCAUGCUGCAUAUUUUUAGUAAGUGUAUUAUGUCUGGUUAAUGC